AUGAAGAAAGGAGAUGGAAGUGAAGUGGAGAGACAAAAGUAUCAUCAUGUUGGGAAAAGGAGAAGGCGCGAGAACCGUUGGAGGAAUCGGCUUCAUCAUCAACAAGGAAUGGUCUUCAAAAAUCAUUGCCUGAAAGUUCAAAUGUUUAGCCAUUACGUGGAAAUGCAGAAAAUACUAUCUAGUUGGAAGGAGUCCAAUACCAUUCUGCUGUACAAGAAGGGCAAUCAUGAAGCUCUAAAGAACUAUCCUCCAAUAUACCUGCUCUCAUAUAUUUACAAGCUGUUCACCAAAACAACAAACGGACUCUCACAGAGUCUGGAUGAGCAGCAGCUUAGAGAGCAGGCAAGCUUUCAAAGGAAUUUCAGCACAAUGGACCAUAUUUUCACUAUAAACCAGCUAUUGGAAAGCUCAAGGGAAUACAAAUUCCCUUUAUGUAUUUCCUUCAUCGACUAUGAAAAAACGUUCAACAACGUAGAGAUCUACGCCGUGUCAAAAGCUCUUGCAGAGAAGGGCAUCAACACAAACUAUAUUACACUAUUAAAGGAGGCAAAUUCUAACUGCACUACAGAUAUAACUUUAUUUGAUAUUCCUCUUCGCAUCCCAGUUAAGAAAGGUGUGAAACAAGGAAACAUGGUUUCACUGAAACUCUUCACAGGCUGCCUCAAAAUGGUAAUGGGGUGGAUGAAUUGGAAGGGUGGAAUCAACAUCAAUGGACAGCAGUUAAGCCAUCUCAGAUUCAUGGAUGAUAUUUGUUGA